AUGACAGGCGCUGCUUGGACCUCUGAAGAAAUUGCUAUCAUAGUUUUGUUUGCUUCGCGUGGCGUUCGGCACGAAACGAUUGCAGAUGUUCUGAGAAGUUGGUCAGCUCCCUUACUAGGAAUGCCACCAGAGGCUGAUCUGGCGGCCCUGACGACUGCACCACGCCGGACAGUCUCCGCUAUUCGGAACAAACUGGCAUGGCUUCGCUCUCACCACCCUGAACUCUGGCUCAGUGAUGGGAGAUGGGAUAUCGAUGCAGUAGUGGGUUUUCUGUACCGCUUGCCGUCUAUGGAUCCUUCGCGUGUCACCCUGCUUUUGGAUUCAGCAGCAAUCGAGAUAGCAGCAAUUAAAGAAUGA